GGCAGGGUGAGUGGCUGCCCGCGGGGGCAGCAUGCCGAAUCCGCCUCCAUCCGCCCGGCAGACCCCGUAGCGGAGGGGGAUCUUUGGCCUAGCCCGGCUCGGGAGGCGGUCCAGCUCGGGGGGCACCGGGUGGUUCCUCUCGCGUUGCUCAAAUGGCUCCUGCAAAGAAAGGUGGCGAGAAGAAGAAGGGACGCUCAGCCAUCAAUGAGGUGGUAACUAGGGAAUACACCAUCAACAUUCACAAGCGGAUCCAUGGCGUGGGCUUCAAGAAACGAGCACCGCGUGCUCUCAAGGAAAUCCGUAAAUUUGCGAUGAAGGAAAUGGGUACUCCUGACGUUCGCAUUGACACCAGAUUGAACAAAGCAGUCUGGGCUAAAGGAAUAAGGAAUGUUCCUUACCGUAUCCGUGUGCGUUUGUCCAGAAAACGCAAUGAGGAUGAAGAUUCACCAAACAAGCUAUACACACUGGUUACCUAUGUACCAGUCACAACAUUCAAAGGUCUACAGACAGUCAAUGUGGAUGAAAAUUAAACUGAUUUUCAUUACAAUAAAAGGAUAAAAAGAAA